CCCAACCAAACUUGUUUUUGAGAGAAACUGGCCCAGCUAGUUAAGGCAGUUGGAUGCUCGAUGCCAGGUCUUCUCCCUUCUUCUGUUCCCGGCGUCGGUGGCCACUGCCCACUGGCGAAUGGACGACGGAGCACCGGUGCUCCCCGAAGAGCAUGGUGUGGUGAAGGUUUGAGAACUUUUUGUCCCCUUUCUCUAUCUCCCAUUGAUGUUCUUUCGCAUCUCGUGCCCCACCCUACGCACCAGCUGCGAGCACCGGCGCCCAUCGCCUGUUCGACGGAAUGCCCCCAAAACGACGCAGCACGUGCUGUCCUCUCCGCCGGCGCAUCAGGACACGCGUACCUGUGCGCCUGUCGGCCUCUGGAACGGAGGUCCCACGCCCAUCCAGCGAGUCGCCAGCGCCGACGGAUGAUGGAAGUAGGUCCAGCAGAGGAGUUCGGCUACGUCGUCAACCAUCAGUGUAGGCACCAAGAGGAUGGAGGUAAUGGUUCUACAAUGGUCUCAGUUUGUCUUUACGGCAGUCCGUUCUGAACCUCAUCAGGAUCUUGCAAUACUAUCAUGGUGUUUUGGCCUGUUCCAAUUCACUUCUUUUGCUAUUAUAAUAUAGGGAGAAGAGUCAGUGCUCGGCGCCAAAGUUACUUUGUUUUGCUCAAGCUGCUUGGGGUGCCAUCUUUCUCCUGACAAUAUAGCUUGUACAAUGUAGAGCCUAAUAAACUUAUUUAUGCAGCGGCAGGGCUAAGAGCUAAUGUAGGUCCCAGGUGAUGCUAGGAGGUGAGACUCGCAUUCUGCCUGCUCGAUGAAAUGUUCGGUUCAGCGGAUCUGGCCACAGCGGCCAUUGUUGAUCAUUGUGUUCAACUUUUCUGACAUGUUUAGACAAGUGGACCCAUGGAUCGUCCACUACUCUGCUUUCUGUCGUCAACUUGUACUAGCAAGAGGAGUGCUUUUGUCAUGGAGGUGGUUCUCUGGCCCUACCAUUCUGAUGGCAGGGUCUUUAAAUUUAGCUUUGCAGGAAGUUUCGCUUUGCCUUUAUCAUCAUUGACUAGACUAGCAAGAGGAGUGCUUUUGUCUUGAACUUUAGCUCGGCAGGAAGUUUCACUUUGCCUUCCUUUAUCAUUAUUGACUAGACUUUUUCUUUUGCUAAGGAAGUGUCUCUUUGUGCUAAGAGUUGUUCAACGCAUCUUCCUCACAUAUCAUAGGACACAAGUGGCUGUCAUAGCCACUGGAGCUGCCACAGGCACCAUACCUCUGCCAUUUUGCUAAGCUGCAGCACCUACCUUCUUCAGUUCUGCAUCCUGAACCCAGAAGUUCUGUGAUAGUUCAAGCAUGAUGAAACUCAGUGCCAUGUUUGGAGUUGUGGACUAGGAGAAAGAAGCUGAUCCGACCUGAAACUCAAGUGAGCGUCCAUACAUAUUCGAAGUUUUCAUCCCAUAAUCAGAUAAAGUUCUGCGUUCUGCGUUCUUUGGAACUUGACAAGAGAAGUUUUUGAAAUAUGACCGGAGUAGAGGCAGCUUUAGCAUCUGGGCUGUUGAAGGUUGCAGCCAACAAGUUAGUUCUAUUGAUUGCUAGUGAAUUCGCCUCCAUAAUGGGUGUAACAAAAGACCUCUACGAGCUCCAGGAUAUUCUUGCGGAGAUUACAAGCUGGCUGUUCACAGUUCAUGACAGAGCAAUAGAGAGUGACCCAUCAUGUCGAUGGGUUAUAAAAUUGAAAUUUGUUGCUUAUGAUAUUGAUGAUUUACUAAAUGAAGUCUACAUAGAGGCUGAGAAAUACAAGAUAGGAAGGAAUGAUGUAAAGUAUUCUAGAACUGAUUGUUUCUGUGCGAAACCAAAGCUGUUUCUGUUUCGAUACAAGAUGGCCAAUAAGAUCAAGGCAAUCAAGCAGAGAUUCUCUGAGAUUGUGAAGCAAAGAAAAGAUGUCAGUACUAUAGUGAAUAAUUUGCCUUCUUAUCAACAUCUUCAGAGUACAAAGAGGACACAUGGGGAGUUGUCCUUGUUGGGCAAUGUUGAACAAUCAAAAAUACCCAUAAGGAAUCUGGAGAAGGAUGGCAUCAUAUCUAAGCUUAUAAAAUCCAAUGAAGAGAAUGUGUGGAUAGUUUCUAUUGUCGGGUUAGGUGGGUCUGGAAAAACUACGUUGGCCAAACACAUCUGCCAUGAUGAAAAGAUAAAGAAGCACUUCAAAGAUACAAUAUUUUGGGUCCAUGUGUCUGAAGAAUUUGAUGUGGAAAAACUUAUUGGCAAGCUUUUUGAAGCUAUCUUUGAGCAAAAGUCAGACCUUCAAGCCCAACAGUACAUGGUCCGUGCGAUUUCAAACAAAUUGAGUGGCAAGAAAUUUCUUCUUAUCCUGGAUGAUGCUUGGCAUGAUGACCUUCUUGACUGGGGACAAUUCAUGGUUCAUGUAAACUGUGGAACACUUGGAAGCAAGAUUCUGAUAACUACUCGAGAUCAAAAGGUUGCAGAAGCAGCAAAAUCUAGGCAUAUAUUCAACUUGGAAUUCUUAUCAGAGGUUGAGAGUUGGAACUUGUUUCUCGAGAAUUCUGGGUUGGUGGAGGAAGAUUUGGACUCUGAGUUUAUACAAGUUGGAAAAGAGAUUGUGAAUAAAUGUGGUGGGGUGCCACUAGCAAUCAAAACUCUUGGAGGUGUCCUCAAUGACAGGAGGGAAAUAAAUACUUGGAGGGCCAUAAAAGAAAGUAACUUAUGGAAUGUUGAUAACAUAAAAGACAGAGUGUUUGCAUCCUUGAAAUUGAGCUACUAUCACUUGCCAGAUCAUUUGAAGCAAUGCUUUACAUUUUGCUCUUUAUUUCCGAAAGGCUAUGAAAUCACAAAAGACCACUUGAUUGCCCAAUGGAUAGCCCAUAGAUUCAUCAAUCCAAUGAAUGAUGAGCUGCCAGAAGAUAUUGGAAGCGCUUACUUUGACUCUCUUACAAAACUCUGCUUUCUUCAAGAUGCGCCGACAAAUUUCUGUACUUAUCGACUAGUAUACAAGAUGCAUGACCUGAUUCAUGACCUCACUCGACAAAUUUUACAGCAUGAAGUAGUGACAUCUCCACAGAAGAAUAUGACACCAAAUUGUAUUCUCAGAUGUCGAUAUUUAUGUUUGACUUCAUCUACUGAGAAGAUUUGUAGGAGGUUAUUUGACAAGGUCCAUGCUCUUUAUGUCUCCGGUGGUAAUCCUUCUUUUGACAAACCAAUUAAGAAGUGUUGCAAUAUCCGUAGUGUUGUUCUGGAUUAUACAAUUGAUACACCACUUCCACUGUUCAUACUGAAGUUUGAAUUUCUUAGUUACCUAAGAAUGUGUAAUGUUAGUUGCAUGGAACUUCCAGAAUCUAUCUCAGGCUGUUGGAACUUGCAGACACUUCAUGUUAUGCAUUGCAAAGGCUUUACAGGGUUACCUGAGUCUAUUGGAAAGCUUAAGAAGCUGAGAACUCUAGAGUUAUUGAUGGUUACUGACCUUAAGAGUCUACCUCAAUCUAUUGGUGAUUGUCAAGAUCUCCGAAUCUUGCAGCUCUAUUCCUGUUACAAGCUCAUUGAGAUACCCAAUAACAUAGGUAAUAUUGAAAACUUAAGGGUACUUGAUAUUGUCAACUGUUCAUGUGUGUACCGCCAGGUGCAAGAAUUUAUUGGGAAGCUUAGGAACAUAGAGAGAAUUAAUUUAUCUGGUUGUCACUGUCUCCGUGAUCUUCCAAGAACAUUUUCCUGUCAUACAUUGCGCAACCUCAAUCUUUCCAGGACCAGCAUUACCUUACUACCUCAAUGGGUCACAUUGAUUGGUACUCUAGAAUGUAUAGAGCUUGAAUACUGCAUGAACCUAGUGGAGUUGCCUAAAGGUAUAGAAAACUUAAGGAGGCUCGAAGUUUUGAACAUAAAUGGUUGUUUGAAACUUCGUUGCAUACCAUCAGGAUUUGGACAGCUGACUCGUUUAAGAUGGUUGGGCCUGUUUGUUGUUGGCAGUGGUGGAGAUGAUGCGAGGAUAUCAGAACUUGAAAACCUUGAUAUGAUUAGUGGUUGGUUGAGAAUUCAGAACCUCAAAUACAUAAAAGAUCCAGCUGGCUGCAAGAAGGCUUGUCUGAAGAAGAAAAACUUACGGUCAUUGAUAUUGAACUGGUCUCGAUGCGAAAUGGAGGAAGAAUUAGCGUCAGAUAUUGAACAAGACCUGGAUGUGCUGGACUCUCUUGAACCACCAUCAGGAAUUGAUUUCUUACAAAUUAUUGGUUAUCAAGGUCCCUAUUUGCCAUGUUGGAUGAGGAAGCAACGCAAUUCUUCGUGUUUGGAGGCUAUUAUGUCAAAGCAAACAAGCCCAUCACAAUUCCUUUGGCUAAUCGAACUAUCACUGGAAUUAUUGCCGAACUUGAAGAGUCUCCAAGGACUUGUGGAGUUGCCUUCAAUGAAGAAUUUAACGUUGACCGGAAUGCCUAAUUUGGAAGAGCUGUGGAUUACAAGUUGUUUGGAAACUGGGCAGGGAGAAGAGGGAGUUCAGUACUGUUUCCCCAUGCUCACCAAUUUAGCUGUAAAGCUCUGCCCGAAAUUGUAUGUGAAGCCCUAUUUGCCACCAUGUUUGGAGAAGUUGACAGUGGAAAGAAGCAACGAGAACUUGCUGUCCUCAAGUAGUUUGUUCUCUUGUCCUCUAAAACCAGAUGUGGACAAAUCCUCAUCUUCCUGUAGCGCGCUUGGGGUGGUUCCUCAUCUCAAGGAACUGAGACUAGAUGGAGUGAUGGUCUCAUCACCGGUUUGGGAAGUUUUGCAGCACUUCAGUGGACUGGAGUUCUUGGGCAUUCAUGGCUGCCCUGACAUGAGGCAACUACCUACGAGCAUUGGCAGCCUCACCUCCCUCCGGCAGCUACAGAUCACAAAAUGUCCUGCCCUUGAAUCCCUGCCCCAGUCCAUUAAAUGUCUUACAGCUCUCCAAGAACUGUUCAUUUUUGGCUGUCGUGGCCUGACCAAGCGUUACGAGGAAGAAGUCGGGGAUGACCGGAACCUUAUCUCCCAUAUUCCUAGAGUGACGAUAGUUGAUUUGGAGCUGCUAGCUCGGCGUCUCGGAGCCUCUACAUCUGCUAACCCUUGAGUUAGGGGCUACUGGAGCAACUAAAGAUUGGGGAUGAAAUUGGAUGCCAUCAUAAAUGUGCUGCCGCCUUUGGUGGCUUGGUGCCCUUCCCUACCUCCACCAGCAAUAUCUGAGCCCUUGAGCACCAGGGUGAUGCCAUGACCAUCAGGUUAUUUUAAGUAAAGGUCUAGUGCUGCCGUGCUGUUGAUUUGUCAAGGUAUAUGCCACUGCUAGCGGAAAUCUCUAGAUGAAAUGAGGUUCAUUUUUAAAUUUUCUCUGCCUUCUCAGCACACACUGUUUAUCUGUACUUUUACCUUUUCCUCACAUUUGUUCAGCCUUUUUGUAUUAAUAAAAUACACGUAGGAUUUUCCCGCACAGUUUCUGAGUUAAAAAAGGUGAAGUCUCUUAGUUGCUCUGCAUUUCAUGUUUGCCAAAAUCCUUGGCUCCCCUCCACACACUAACAAAAAAAAUAUUUCACAUUCAAAGAACCAUCAUCAUCCACAACCUCUGUUUUUUCAUUCCAUUGACAACUGCCAAAAAGUGUACAUUAGUCCUGGAGGUUCUCGAGCCAAAGAUGUAACAGGACAUUUACAGGCAGAGAUUAGUAGAUGCGAGGAGAUUUGCAUAGAUCAGGCUGUGAGCGAGCAGAGCACUCGGCGAGCGAGCUGCAGGCAGCAAGAGGUCUUUUUCUCUGGUUUGCCGAAGGCCACCGCGCUGCCCUUCUGCGGGGAUCACGAAGGUCCAUCUCUGAUGAACUGGUAAGCCUUAGCGAAUUAGAAUGAUGACAUCCGAUCCAUGCGUAACUCCACUGCCAAAUUUAGUAGUAGCUCGUCUGGAUUCAUUAGUGCACUUUGCACAGACAUGAGCAGCACUUGUUCAGGUUUCAGUAGUUUCCGUAAUAUAGGUCACAACUCACGAAUACAGUACUCAUCAGAGAAAAAAAAAUAAAAGUGCUACUUGCGCUGGCAAGUCGCAAGAUCAUCAAUUAAACUGGUUUCUGACAAAAAGAUCGAUGCUAAUUUUGAUAGUAAUUUGGUAAAAGGCAGUAAAAGAUGCCUGGAUCAGAAGAUGUGCUACUUAAGCAAGAACACAUUUGCCCUUUUUGCCUGUCCAUGUUGAUAUAAGGGUCAUCAAUCGUUGGGUUGUAACAUUUUCAGAGGAAACGUCUCAAAAUCUGAAGCUCUGCUAAACAUGGAUUUAGAUAGUGCCAGCAUUGUGAAGCCCUAGUGUUGUGACCUUAUCACUCUGAAGCUCACGUCAAACAUGGAAACACCUUGUUGCAAACGUGAAACACACACACACGCACACACACAUGCGCGCGCGCACGAAGCAGAGGCAAACAGUUAUUGUAUCACCUAGGCCCUGAUAAAUGUGACUCAGAAGGAACAUAAGAAGAACCUGAUCCCACGGUAUUGUUCGAUGGAAAAUUAAGGACCAAAGUGCAGUCAGGUAUAGCCUCCAUGCUCAUCACACCUUCCAACACCUUGGCGAUUGUUGACAUUAAGGGUCGUCUGCUGCUAUCAACCUGCAAGCACCACAUUGCAAGCUUCAUCACUUCCACGACCUCUUGCAUAUGUAAUCUCAUGUCAUUGCUGCUAAUGUCCACCAAAUCAGACAACUGGCCUAUCCUUGCCUUCUCUUGAAGCAGGCUUAUCAAAUGGAUGCUAUCUUCGGGCUGUGAUUCAUCCAAAUUUUCUCGACCACAGAUGAUCUCGGCCAUCACAAUCCCAAAGCUGUAGAUGUCAGCCUUCUCUGUAAUUUUUGAGCCCAGCCAUUCAGGUGCAAGAUAUCCACGCGUUCCUCGCAUUCGAGUCAUAACUUUGCUUUGAUCCCUGUUUAUCAUUUUCGAGAGUCCAAAGUCUGAGACCUUAGCACUGAAAUUGUCAUCCAAGAGAAUGUUCUGUGGCUUGAUGUCUAGAUGAGCAAUCUUUUGCUCGCAUUCUUCAUGGAAUUAAGACAGACCCCUAGCAAUGCACAAGAUGAUAUCACGUCUAGUUUUCCAAGAGAGAGUGAAGACUGUACUUUUGGGAAAGAUCCAUUUGUCUAACGAGCCAUUGGACAAGUAUUCAUAGACAAGAAGCUUAUGUGAUUUCUCUGCACAGAAGCCUACUAACCUUAUGAGAUUAAAGUGAUGGAUUCUGCCAAUUGUCUUGACCUCUGCUAAGAACUCUUCCAUUCCUUGCUCGAGACCCUCCAAGCGUUUGACAGCAAUAGUUUGCUCGCCUAUCUUGCCUUUGAAUACGGACCCAAAGCCACCACCUCCGAGCUUUAUGGAGAAGUGGCCAGUAGCAACUUCUAACUGAUCCAACGAGAAACGCUUUGGUAUUCCAGGUAUGACAUCAAAGGGUGCUUCCUUGUCUUUCUUGUAUUUCUUCCAUAGAGCCACGCAAACUAAGAUAGAUAUCAGACAAAAUCCAGCAAUUGAACUAACAACACUAAUCCUUAUUCUCCUCUUUUCUGAGUGAUUACCUUGUAUCUUUACAAAUACAGAAAAGUGAUCUGAUGAAUCAUCUGCAAAUGAUAUUGUCAUGUCCUCCGAUACCAACAAGCAGUAACCACCAUCAAUACCGUAAACAUUCUUUUGGAAAACCACUGCUUUGCAAUCGCAAGCAAUUAAGCAUGACUGCUUGCAAACAUUUUCAGGGGCUGAAAUGGCUAAUAACGUGAAUGCACUCUUACUGAAGUAAGAAACAUUGUUGACUUGUAUUAACUGGUGGUAUUGCUGCGCUUGGUUGCAGGAAGUGCUACUUAAGGGUUUGCAUCCAGCGCUCAGUAGCCGUUCAUUUUGGAACUUAAAGUUGCUCAAACUAGGACAAGAACAUUGUCCUUCGCUGCAGACACCAUAAUCUCCGCAGGCCAUUGGAUAAUCGCAAAAGUUCAUCUUUGGGCUUAAUACAUCAAAUACCAUCAGAUUGCCCUGGCCAACUCCUUGCAUCUCGUAGAGCCUCAAAUGCCCAUCAGGCUCCAGUCUCAUAAAUUGUAAUGAUCUUGCCAAGGGUAGGGAGAACAUGUUUUCUAGUAACCCAAAGCUACCAUUGCGAAAGUCAGAACAAAGCGAUGAUGUAUCAGUUUCAAACAACCUUGUAUAUCUUGCUGGUUGGAAACUGUAUAACAACCCAUUCCACUGUGCAGAAAGAUAAACCCUGCCAGAUGGCCAUUUUGUGUCCGAGGUCAUGACACUGAGGUUCAUUCCCGUGCAAAGUGACUGCCCCAUUACCAAUGUAUCAGUUGGGUGGUCAAACGACUGCCAAACAGAGGAGUUAUCUGUAUUGAUAAGCACAAGGUUCCCAGAAACAUCAAGGUCCAUAGCAGCGACGGACUUGCUUUUUGUGGCCGCGGACCACACCAUGGUGCCAUUACCAUAGUGGAGGAGCAAAUCCCCUUCCUUGGUGAAGCUUAAGAUGAUAAGAUCGCGUCAUGGUUUACAGGAUUGUCAGGGUUGGCAGACCAGAUGACUGAAGCUUGGGUGCCAAAAAUCACAAUAGAGAGAACGAAUGAAUGACCAUCUAUGGUAUAGAAGCCAAAAUAAGUUGUAUAGGACAUGAUUCUGUGGCUAAGAAUGGGAAGGAUACUAGAUCCGUUGUCCAUGUCUAUAAUGUGCUGCAUCUGCAUAGUUGAAACUCUCCAAGAGCUUGGGGGAGCUACAGCAGAGGGCUGAGCAACAACAUUGAGGUGGAUAAAGAA